AUGUACUCCUGGCUUCCAAACCUAAGUACACUAACCCAGAAACAUCCAGCAAUCCAACAAUUGCAAUCCAUAAACAAUGGCCAUCAUGCUACUUAUAACCACGCCCUCCCCAACGCCAACUUAGAAGUGGAAGAAGUAGCCGAAACGGACGCCUCCUUCAUUGCAGAACUCUGGGACCUUGUACUUCAGAGUCAGCGCCAAUGGAUGGACUCCAAUACCGGCACCAAGGCCGCCGAGCCUGCCAAUAUCAUGGCAGAAUCCUCACACGAACGUGGCUUCCCCGAGACAUUUACCAUUGAACCGCAUACACUGGAUAGACUCCUACCCAUCCGAGCAAGUCACCAACCAAGCGCACAUCGCUUUGCACAUUACAAGCAAGCGUAUCCCAACCUAGAUCUCUGGCUUGAUCCCGACGAAUUUCCCAACCUCGGAACAGCACUCCAGACCGCCAGCAAUGAAGCAGCCACAGAUGCUGACUUCGAAGCCUUCGUGUAUGAAACUAUAUUCCGCCCGGGCAUUGCCUAUGCUACUGGUAAUCCUGGACCUAUCCGCACCCUCACCCAAGAAUUGGCUGCAGUCAAGCACGUUCCUCCAAAAGCAUGUGCCGAUGUCCAGCAGCCCCAUCUCUUCAUGUUCCCACCUACCAUUUCCCACAUUCACUGCGAAAAGCCACACAGAGUGGUUUCGGCCGCUUCAAGGACCGGACGCUCGGCGCGGGACGGCAGCAGCAUACAGGGUAAUGGUGGCUACGCAAACGAUGCGGCUCGCAUGCACGUAUUCCUCGACACCAAUAUCUUCACCACCGGGCUCCCAAUCCGUGGCUUAGUCCCUGUAGCGGACUCACGCCGCUUCUGCCCGUAUCUCAGCGUAAAGUUCCAGCAUGCGCGUUACGCCGAGGUGGUGGCCUUCCGCAAGCUCGCUGUCUCGGCGACAAUCAUGGUCUACAAUCGCUGGCUCUUGCGAGAGUCCGCUCUCAAGUCCAUCGACAGGCUCAGGAAGAAUCAAUCAUCAUUCUCCCGGUCACUUGACGCGGUAACCAAGGCCAUAAGCCCACGCAAGGAGACGACGAAGAAGCAGGCUUCCGCGAGCGAAGAGAAGCCGAUUUGCCAUUGGAGCGUAGAAGUAUCCCGAUCGAGGUGGGCGCUAUACGUGACCUAA